CCCCCAGGCCCCAGCAUGGCCCAGGGUGCCAUGCGCUUCUGCUCUGAAGGUGACUGUGCCAUCUCCCCGCCACGAUGCCCACGCCGCUGGCUCCCCGAAGGCCCUGUGCCUCAGAGUCCCCCAGCCAGCAUGUAUGGCAGCACGGGCUCCCUGCUACGGCGGGUGGCAGGUCCAGGUCCCCGAGGCCGGGAACUGGGACGUGUGACAGCACCCUCGACACCCCUGCGUGGCCCCCCUUCACCCCGUGUUGCUCCCUCACCCUGGGCACCCUCUUCACCCACUGGGCAGCCUCCACCAGGGGCCCGGAGUUCCGUAGUCAUAUUCCGCUUUGUGGAGAAGGCCAGCGUGAGGCCACUGAAUGGGCUACCUGCUCCCGGAGGCUUGAGUCGGAGCUGGGACCUGGGUGGGGUCGCUCCUCCCAGGCCCACUCCAGCUCUUGGGCCUGGCUCCAACCGCAAGUUGCGGCUGGAGGCCUCCACCUCAGACCCACUCCCAGCGGGAGGAGGUUCAGCUCUGCCUGGCAGCCAGGGCCUUUUACACGGGCCGCCAGCCCCACCUCCGGUCGGGGCAGAUGGCCUUUACUCCUCUCUCCCCAAUGGGCUGGGGGGGCCCUCUGAGCACCUGGCCACACUAUUCCGAGGACCUGCUGGCACUGGACUCCUGAACCAGGGAGACACCUGGUCCUCACCCCGGGAAGUCUCCUCUCAUGCCCAGAGAAUCGCCCGAGCCAAAUGGGAAUUCUUCUAUGGCUCCUUGGCACCCCCCAGCUCAGGUGCUAAGCCCCCAGAGCAGGCCCCCCCAUCUCCACCUGGGGUGGGCUCAGGGCAGGGCUCUGGGGUGGCUGUGGGGCGAGCGGCCAAAUACUCCGAGACCGACCUGGACACGGUGCCCCUGAGGUGCUACCGAGAGACCAACAUCGAUGAAGUGCUGGCUGAGCGGGAGGAGGCUGAUUCAGCCAUCGAGAGUCAGCCCAGCUCUGAGGGCCUGCCUGGCACCGUCCGCCCACCUGCCCCACGUCCGGGCCCAUGCCUUGGCCCUCAUGCCAGCCUGAGCAGUGGCGAUGAGGAUGAGGCAGGUGGGGAAGAGGAGGUGGACGAUGAGGUGUUUGAGGCCUCGGAGGGGGCACGGCCAGGCACCCAGACGCCUCACCUGGGGCCUCUCAAGUCACCUGUGCCCUUCCUACCUGGGACCAGCCCCUCGGCUGACGGGCCUGACUCUUUCAGUUGUGUGUUUGAAGCCAUCUUGGAGUCACACCGGGCCAAGGGCACCUCCUACACCAGCCUUGCCUCCCUGGAGGCCCUGGCCUCACCCGGCCCAACCCAGAGCCCCUUCUUCACCUUUGAGCUGCCUCCCCAACCCCCCAUCCCCCGGCCUGAUCCCCCUGUUCCCGCCCCACUUGCCCCUCUUGAACCGGAUUCUGGUACCAGCUCUGCUGCUGAUGGGCCUUGGACACAGAGAGGGGAGGAAGAAGAGGCAGAGGCUGCAGCCAAGCAAGCCCCAGGGAAGGAGCCCCCUAGUCCCUGCCGCUCGGAGGACAGCUUUGGGCUGGGGGUGGCACCCCUGGGAAGCGAACCACCCUUGAGCCAGCUGGUAUCUGACUCAGACUCAGAGCUGGACAGCACAGAGCGGCUAGCCCUGGGAAGCACGGACACCUUGUCUAAUGGGCAGAAAGCAGACCUGGAGGCCGCGCAGCGCCUAGCUAAGAGGCUGUACCGCCUGGACGGCUUCAGGAAGGCUGACGUGGCCCGGCACCUGGGCAAGAACAAUGACUUCAGUAAGCUCGUGGCUGGAGAGUACCUCAAGUUCUUUGUCUUCACGGGCAUGACUCUGGACCAAGCUCUCAGGGUGUUUCUGAAGGAGCUGGCCUUAAUGGGUGAGACCCAGGAACGGGAGCGCGUGCUGGCCCACUUCUCCCAGAGAUACUUCCAGUGCAACCCUGGAGCUCUGUCCUCAGAGGACGGUGCGCACACGCUGACCUGCGCCCUCAUGCUACUGAACACCGAUCUCCAUGGCCACAACAUCGGGAAGCGCAUGACCUGCGGAGACUUCAUCGGGAACUUGGAGGGCCUCAACGAAGGCGGCGACUUCCCCAGGGAGCUGCUCAAGGCUUUAUACAGCUCCAUCAAGAAUGAAAAAUUGCAGUGGGCCAUAGACGAGGAGGAGCUGAGACGCUCUCUGUCUGAGUUGGCCGACCCCAACCCCAAGGUCAUCAAGAGGGUCAGCGGGGGCAGUGGCAGCGGCUCCAGCCCUUUCCUGGACCUGACUCCCGAGCCUGGGGCCGCGGUCUACAAGCACGGGGCCCUGGUGCGAAAGGUGCACGCAGACCCUGACUGCAGGAAGACACCUCGGGGCAAACGGGGCUGGAAGAGCUUCCAUGGGAUCCUCAAGGGCAUGAUCCUCUACCUGCAGAAGGAGGAGUACCAGCCUGGGAAGGCCCUAUCGGAGGCAGAGCUUAAGAAUGCCAUCAGCAUCCACCACGCAUUGGCCACACGCGCCAAGGACUACAGCAAGAGGCCCCACGUCUUCUACCUGCGCACAGCUGACUGGCGGGUCUUCCUCUUCCAGGCUUCGAGCCUGGAGCAGAUGCAGUCCUGGAUCACGCGCAUCAAUGUGGUGGCCGCCAUGUUCUCUGCACCCCCCUUCCCAGCUGCUGUUAGUUCCCAGAAGAAGUUCAGCCGCCCUCUGCUGCCCAGCACUGCCACCCGCCUCUCCCAGGAGGAGCAAGUGCGGACCCAUGAGGCCAAGCUGAAGGCCAUGGCAAGUGAGUUGCAGGAGCACCGGGCUGCCCUCCUGGGCAAGAAGGCCCGGGGCAAGGAGGCUGAGGACCAGCGGCAGAAGGAGGCCUACCUGGAGUUCGAGAAAUCCCGCUACGGCACAUACGCAGCACUGCUUCGGGUCAAGCUGAAGGCGGGCAGUGAAGAGCUGGACGUGGUAGAGGCAGCACUGGCCCAAGCUGGCAGCACAGAGGAUGGAGUCCUCCCACCUCACGCCAGUCCCUCCCUGCAGCCCAGUGUCUCCAGCCAGCCCCGGGCUCAAUGGCAUGGUUCAGGGCCUCGGGCAGGGGCAGGCAGUGGGCGUCGGAAGCCCUGAGUUGGGGGUGAGAGUGGGGGGGGUGCCCCUUGGGCACCUGCAUGACAUGGCCCUGCCUGAGCCCGGGCCGGCCUCGGGCGAACCCCGAGGGCCCCUCGGCCCAGGGCCCUACCGCGCCGGACGCGGUGUCCGGGGCAGCGCAGGGCUAGGGCAUGGGCCUCAGGAGCCCAGGCUUAGAGCCCCUCUGAGACCCCCCCAUUUUGUGAUAAUGUUUUGCACUUUUUCGUACGGGGGGCUA